GUUGCGAAGGAGGAGGAAGAGGGAGAAAGAGGCCAAAGAGGGCGACAGAGGGAUGGCGUCGAUCCCUAUAAGCGGAAGGGGCGGCUAAUUCGCCCUGAUGAUGGAUAGAGUAUCGCCCCUCUGCCCUACAUCAGUGACGGCUGACACCCGAUUCAGCCCGCUCGUUGCUCAGUAAUUAGCGCGUGUUUGAGAUGUCUGAUGGCGCUGAUGGCGGGAAGCGCCAGCGCGUCGACGGCCCGGCUGCCUCAGGUAAGCCGAGAGAUGCAGAGGAUGGGGUGAAGCAUGGUAUGAACAGAUGAUGUGCUGUGUGUUGUCAGGUCAUGGGAUGAGUGGAGUGUCAUCAUCGCAGCACCAGCAGAUGGAUGCCGCCCAUAACGCAUCGGUGGGCGGUCUGUCCCAUACACCUUUGACCGCCCUCUGUGCGCCAUCACAACUCUGUGUGUGUUGUGCGUCCGUGUGCAGGCGGCCGGCGGUAGUCUUAGUUUUGAGGAGCUGCAGCGGCGCUUCUCAGUGCUGCUGGCACAAGUGACACAGGUAAGGACGCGAUGACGACACACAUCCACACACACAGCUCGGCCUUGUGUUGGUCAGGUGGAGUGUGAUGUGACGACCAUUGAAGGCUCGUUCGUCGCCAAUGUCGCUGCCAGGGUCAGAGAGGUUAUCCCAUCACCACCGCCGCCAUGACUUAUUCCUCUCUGUCUGUGUCGAUGGCCUCAGCUGCCGUCUGAUGCCUCUCACUGGUAUACCCUCAAGAGCAGCAUCUCGGCGGCCUCUGAGGCCCUCACCGCCAUCACACGAGGCAUGGCGGCCACUCACCCACCCCAGGCCCCUCCCUCACACCCCCAUCCCUCCCCGCCAGCUGCCCAUGCCGCCCCCACUCACACCGAACACACUGGAGGCGCUGCCGCCACCAGCACCCUGCCGCCUGAUGUCUGCCGCGACGUCAUCUACCGGUGCCUGCCCAUCGAUGAGGCCGUCUGCUCGGCCCGCCCCAUCAGCAGGGCACACGGCAGCCAACUCGUCAAUGAGGCCUUCGCGCUGCGCCGCGUCGACAAGCACCUCACGGACACCAACCUCACCGGCCUCAUCGACGUGCACCGGCCGACCCUUCAGUACUACACCAAGUGCGCAUAUGCCCUCGAGCAUGGCGGGGCGGUGUGGUGUGAGUGGCCCGACUUCAUCCGGCUGGCUGACAUCUACAAGCUGACCGACGGUCUGCCCUUGAUCAUGUCGUCCCAGUGGAUGGCGGCCCACCUGCCCACCAAGGCCGACUUCCACACCAUGCCCCUCGCCCUUCGCCAGUACAGCACAUUCGGCCACCUCCUCAACUAUGAGGGCACCAGCCUGGCGCUCACAAAGGUGGAUGAGGCCGAUGACAGCGAUGGCGAGGAUGGCGACGAGGCCAAGAAGGAGGAUGGAGGGGGGAGGGGAACGAAGAGGGGGAGGGGGACGGUGGGGUGACACGGCAGCGGUAUCGCAUCGGAAGCGGCCAGCGAGAGUGGCGCUUUGAGACGGUGCCGCUGUCCGGCCUCCCUCCCCAGCAUCGCUUCCGUGAGACAUACGACCCCCACAACCCGCCCGUCCGCCACGAUGGCUCCCUCUUCCCCUCAUUCACGGCCUUCAUGAAGUGGUUGGUGUUGGCGGAGUGGUAUGGCCAAGAGGGAGCGGACGAGAAGCGGAUAUUUGGAAGGAGAGUAGGCGAUGGCGAUGAGCGGUAUCAGCGACUGCUGACCGAGCCCAUAGACGGCCACACCACCAUCGACUACACUGACGGGCGGGAGCGACACAUCAUCCUCAAGGGCAUGAAGGAGGGCGACACCGUCGCCGCCCACCUGUACCUGACCGACGGCGACAUCAACCUCUACACGACCGAGGCGGCCAUCAAGGGCCACACGCGGCUAGCCGGCCGAUAUCCCAUCGCGAUGUCCCUGGUCCGCCCCCUGUUGACCAAACACCGACUCGCCCACCUCAUACCAAAGUAGAGGAGACUACACAGGUAAGCCCGGGGGAGGACAUCCGGCAGUGCCACAGAUGGUGGUCUGUGUAUGUUUGUGUGUGUGUCUGUGUGUGAGAUGGUGUGCAGGUUGAUCUGUUCCGAGUGUUGGCUGAGACUGUCAAGUAGAUGGACAGAUGGACGGCCUAUCGAUUGCUAGCUGGCGUGCGUGAUACAUGUCUGUGUGAGAGGUGCAGCCUUUUCUGACUUGACUGAUUGAUCGCUGCAUGGAAGUGUCACUCACUCAGUCCAUAGCCACACCGCUGUCCUGUCAGCCAUCACUCCCACAGCAUCAUGCUGAUCUCACGCAGCUUUCUCACCACCAAAACACGAUAAAUGGCUGUGGUGACACUCAGCGGCGCCAGUGACAGAGACAUGGGCUGAGUGGGUGGCGGAUGGCGUUCGCCCGCCCCGCCUCAGAUCAGCGGCGGGAUGUGUGUGUGCGUGAUGGGCGAACGACUCAGGCGCAUGGGCGAGUCCAUUCAUA